CUGCAGCACUCCCUUUCAGGACAGACCUCCCCAAAAGCAGAAGGUCAGUGUGAUCACCGGGCCGACCAGGAAACAAAGCCUUCCCACGGGAGGGGUUGGAGGAUGGCCCGAAGCCUGGGAGUAAGAGAGGGAGGCUCCUGGGAUCAGCUGGACCAGGUCGGGAGUUCUAGGAGGUCUCUAAAAAGCUCUGGACUUGUUCCCAGCCUAAGAGCUCUGCUGGAGUCUAAUCAGGCUGUUGGGGAGGUCAGCUUCCUAGCCUUCUGGGGGGAGUCCUUUCCUCUAGAAAAAAAAAAAAAAAACCUCAAAGAGGAAAGAGGCACCCCUCAUAGGGACCAGAAUUAGUUCCUGCCUCUUGACUGCCUACUACUCCUAGGGAUCCAGGCCUAAGGAGGAAGUGCCAUUAGCCAGCUGGCAGUGAGUGGAGAUGGUAAUGGCAGAUUCCUGCCUAGUCAAGCAGUUCUGUUCAUGAAGAGGGAGAUGGCUCGAAGGAACCCCCACCCCCCACUCAUCUAGAUGGGGCCUAUCACAACAUGACUUGUUCUCCCAAACUCAGGAGGACCCCAGAAUGCAAAUUCUGCUGUCUGGAGACGGAAGUCUAAAUAGGGACCCCAGAACUCAAGAUUUCUGGCUCAGUGGUUUCUUCUAAUGGCUGAGUUUUCCUAGCUUAUUUUUUUCUGAGAAUGGCUAGAACAAGGGGGAAGAGGAGGGGUGUGGUCCAGAGUGGCAGCCCUGUGAAGUGGGUGGCUGUGGUAGGCCUAGGUAGUCACUAGUGCUCAGUGUGGCUGGUCUCUGAGCAGCUACAGACAUUUGAAGAGAGACUUGAGCUGCAGUCAAGCUAUGUGUGGUCAACAGGCUACUUCCACCAUGGGCCAGAUGAGUGACCGCCUUCUCAUCAAAGGUGGGAAGAUUGUGAACGAUGACCAGUCCUUUUAUGCUGAUCUGUAUGUGGAAGAUGGCCUGAUUAAACAAAUUGGAGAAAACCUCAUCGUCCCUGGGGGCAUCAAAACCAUCGAUGCUCAUGGCCUGAUGGUAUUGCCUGGGGGAGUUGACGUCCACACUCGCCUGCAGAUGCCUGUGCUGGGCAUGAGCCCAGCUGAUGACUUCUGUCAGGGCACCAAGGCGGCCCUGGCGGGCGGGACCACCAUGAUAUUGGACCAUGUGUUUCCCGAGGCUGGUGUGAGCCUGCUGGCAGCCUAUGAGCAGUGGCGGGAGCGGGCGGACAGCGCAGCCUGCUGUGAUUACUCCCUUCAUGUGGACAUCCCCCGCUGGCAUGAGAGCACCAAAGAGGAGCUGGAGGCCCUAGUCCGGGACAAAGGUGUGAAUUCCUUCCUGGUCUUCAUGGCAUACAAGGACAGGUGCCAGUGCACUGACGGUCAGAUGUAUGAAAUCUUCAGCCUCAUCCGGGACCUGGGAGCCUUGGCCCAAGUGCAUGCAGAAAACGGGGACAUUGUGGAGGAGGAGCAGAAGCGCCUCCUGGAACAGGGCAUCACCGGCCCUGAGGGCCAUGUCCUCAGCCACCCAGAAGAGGUAGAGGCCGAGGCUGUAUACAGAGCAGUCACCAUUGCCAAGCAGGCCAACUGUCCACUGUACAUCACCAAGGUGAUGAGCAAGGGAGCGGCUGACAUGAUUGCCCAAGCCAAGCGCAGGGGGGUGGUCGUCUUUGGGGAACCUAUCACUGCCAGCCUGGGCACUGAUGGCUCACACUACUGGAGCAAGAACUGGGCCAAGGCUGCGGCCUUCGUCACGUCACCCCCUAUCAACCCAGACCCUACCACCGCGGACUACCUCACCUCCCUGCUGUCCAGUGGGGACCUCCAGGUGACAGGCAGCGCACACUGCACCUUCACUACUGCCCAGAAGGCCGUGGGCAAGGACAACUUCACACUGAUUCCAGAGGGCGUCAAUGGUGUAGAAGAGCGCAUGUCUGUGGUCUGGGAGAAGUGUGUGGCUUCAGGAAAAAUGGACGAGAAUGAGUUCGUUGCUGUGACCAGCACAAACGCUGCCAAAAUCUUCAAUUUUUACCCCAGGAAGGGGCGUGUGGCUGUGGGCUCUGAUGCUGACCUGGUCAUCUGGAACCCCAGGGCCACGAAAGUCAUCUCUGCCAAGAGCCACAACCUGAACGUAGAGUACAACAUCUUUGAAGGAGUGGAGUGCCGAGGAGUGCCCACAGUGGUCAUAAGUCAGGGCCGAGUGGUGCUGGAGGACGGGAACCUGUUUGUCACUCCAGGGGCUGGCCGCUUCAUUCCCCGGAAGACGUUCCCCGACUUUGUCUAUAAGAGGAUAAAGGCUCGCAACCGGCUAGCAGAGAUCCAUGGUGUGCCCCGAGGCCUGUACGAUGGGCCCGUCCAUGAGGUGAUGCUACCUGCCAAGCCAGGGAGCGGCACACCGGCUCGUGCUUCCUGUCCGGGCAAGAUCUCAGUGCCACCUGUGCGUAACCUGCAUCAGUCGGGGUUCAGCCUAUCUGGGUCUCAAGCUGACGAUCACAUCGCCAGACGUACAGCUCAGAAGAUCAUGGCACCCCCUGGAGGACGCUCCAACAUCACCUCUCUUUCCUAGACUUGGGGUCUGGCAUGCUGGUGCUUUCCCCACUGGCGGGGUGUGGAGACCACUCACUUUAGUUAGCCCCCUCCUUUGUAGAUGUUACCGCGAAAGGUGCUCAGCCUUGCCCUUCUGUACCCCAUAAACUCUCCCUUUGGAGUCCCAGAUCCCAAUAUGAGGUACCCCCUCCAGAGGGCUGAAUUCAGGGAGAGUUCACUGCCAGAGAGAGAGAGGACUAGGCAUGGCAGUGAGCUGGUGCCUCUUGCCCACCUGGCCUUACCCGGAAGGCCCUCCAUGAGAAUUCUCUGCCUCGAGCCUGUGGGCUUUCUAGGGUCUGGGACCAGGCAGGGUGGGCAUUUGCUGCUGCCUCCCCCUAAGGAAUCACUGCCCUGUGGAAGCCUCCAAGCUUCCACCAGCUCUGUUUCUAAGGUGCAGCUACCCCUUGGGGGCCUGUCCCCGACUGCCCUGGUGUAGGGAGGAGAGCGGGUGAGUGGAGCCUCCGUCUUGCGGAGCUGCUGUGACUUCAGGGAUCCACCAGUUACUCAGUGCAGGGUAGCUCCCUCCCACAUAGACACUUCCAAGGACCAAACCUGAGCUCCUAUAGCAGCCCCCUCUAAGGUUUUAUGAUCCCUUAGCUAAGACACUUUCCUUUUCCUACAAACUGUGUUUCCAUAAGUUUAUUAGAGUAGCAGUUUUGUACUGUGAGGAAACCAUAGCCAGGGAUCUGCAUGCUGCUGUACCAGAUGCCGGCCACCGGCCACCGGCCACACCUGGCGUGAGUCGGGUCAAUAAAAAAGUCUGGGUUAGAA